AAGAAACUGGGAACGAUGAAGGCAGACUUAGGUUUACAUACAAUGAAGAGAAUAUCCUCCGCAAUUCCUGCUUUGAUUCUACCAUUCACUGGUAAUUCUCUUCCGUUUUCUUUUUCUAAGCUGCCCAUUUCGUGUUUCCUUUCCUGUUAUUCAUCUGCUUCUGAUGAAAAUGUGAAUAUGGGUAUGUCUGAACCCACCCAUCUGGAGACAUUGGUCAUAGGUAAGUGUAAAUCAAGAUCCCUUGAGCUUGAUGAAGCUCUGGGAUUUUUCAAUUCCAUGAUUUCAGUGAGACCAUAGCCCUCAAUUGUGGCUUUCAGCCAUCUUCUUGGAGCACUCACCAAGAUGACACAUUAUGCACUCGUCGUUUCCAUGUGUAAACAGAUGAUGGGCUGUAUUGAAUUCCGGGGUGAUGUCUUUCUAAUGACCAUUUGGAUCCGUUGUUUGUGCAAUUUGAAGAGAGUAGACUUAGGUUUCUCUGUGUUUGCUAUUAUUAUAAAACUUGGUCUUCAGCCUAACCCUUAUACCACGAAUGCUUUGCUUCUUGGACUGAUUGAUGAGGGUAAGAUUAACGAGGCAAUGGGGUUGUUUUGGAAAAUAUUGAAGAACGGUUAUCCAUAUGAUCAAUACACUUAUGGUGUUAUUAUCAGGAAGCUUUGCAAUUCAGGGAAUAUUCAUUUUGCAGUUGUUUUGCUGAUAAAGAUGAAUGUAAAUGGAAGCUUUGAACCUGAUGUGAUAUGCUAUAAUACAAUUAUUGAUGGAUUUUGUAAAGAGAAACGAAUGGAUAAGGCUUUGAUUAUCUUUCAAGAUAUGUUAGAUAAGAGAAUUGAGCCAAAUGUUGUUACUUUUAGUUCGUUAGUUAACGGGUUUUGCAGCGCUGGCCUAUGGGACGAAGCAAAGCGAUUAUUAGCUGCCAUGGUUAACAUGGGGAUUUCUCCUAAUGUGUAUACCUUAAAUGCUUUUAUUGCUCCUCUUUGCAAGGAUGGGAAGAUCCAGGAAGCAAUAUCUCUAUUCGAUUUAAUGAUCCUAAAACGGAUAGAGCCUGAUGUUGCCACUUAUAAUAUGCUAAUUCAUGCGUUAUGCAAGUUUGGCGAGUGGAAACUGGCCACAAAUUUCUUCGAAAACAUGAUUGCUUCUAAAAUUUCACCUGAUGUUGUAACUUUUAAUUCCAUGAUAGAUAUUUUAUGCAAGGAGGGUAAGUUAUCAAAGGCAAUUGAAAUUCUGGAACUAAUGAUUUGUACAGGCGCGAAACCUGAAGUCUUCACCUAUAAUUCUUUAAUUCAUGUAUUUUGUCAUUCUGGGAGAUGGGAAGAAGCAACAAGCUUGCUCGAUAGGAUGAUGAAUGAAGUUGUCCAUCUUAAUGUUGCGACUUUCAGUUCUUUAAUACGAGCUUUAUGCAGGGAAAAGAGAACCGAAAAAGCAAUUUCCAUGUUGGAACUAAUGUGUCAAAGAAAUGUAAAACCAGACAUUGUGACCUACAAUUCUUUGAUUCAUGGAUUUAGUCAUUUAGGAAAAUGGGAAGAAGCGACAAGCUUGCUCCAUACAAUGAUGAAUGAAGGAUUCCAUCCUGAUGUAGCAACUUUCAGUUCUUUAAUCAGUGCUUUAUGCAGGGAAAAGAGAACCGAAGAAGCCAAUACCAUGUUGGAACUAAUGUGUCAAAGAAAUGUAAAACCAAACGUUGUCACCUACAAUUCUUUGAUUCAUGGAUUUUGUCAUUCAGGGAAAUGGGAAGAAGCGACAAGCUUGCUCAAUAGAAUGAUGAAUGAAGGAGUUCAUCCUAAUGUAGUAACCUUCAAUUCUUUAAUCGAUGCUUUAUGCAAGGAAAAGAGGAUUGAAGAAGCCAUUAUUAUGUUGGAACUGAUGGGUCAGAGAAAUUUAAAACCUAACAUUGUCACCUACUGUUGUUUAAUACAUGGAUUGUGCAAAUCAGGCCAAUAUGAAGAAGCAACAAGCUUGCUCAGCAAGAUGGUCACUGAACAUAUUGUUCCUGAUAUUGGAACUUUUAACAUUUUGUUGGAUGCGAUUAUCAAACAAGGAACAAAUGAUAAAGCUCGUGAAGUACUGAAGGUAAUGGAUCAACAUGGUGUGCUGCCUAAUGGAUUUAUUUACGGGACAUUGAUUAGAAUGUAUUGUGCAGUUGGUGAAAUGAAUAAGCGGCUUACAAGGUGUUGA